AUUUUGUGUAGAGUUUCCACAAUGAUAAGAAUGACUGAACUUGACUCAAGCACAUUUUUCCAUGCACAGUCAAGAAUUCAAACCACCAGUUUGGUUGAUCCACGAGAGUAAUCCGUGUGAGCGGUCCACGAGUGUAAUCCACGGACCAAGUCCACGAAGGUAGUCCGCGGACCUGGGCUCCGCGUUUUGUCGUUUCCCCUGCCUGAUAACUCUGCAUGAUAUUAAUGUAAUAGUGAAAUCCAGUUAUUUUUAUUCUGAAUCGUUUUCUGCCUAAAUAUCUACAAAAAUACGCUAAAGUAAAGUAAAAUAAGUAUAAAAAAUAAACGAAAAACUAAAAUAAACAAUUUUACCAACAUAUGCAUUUGGGGGUAAAUCACAUUCUGAUGUAUGUGAAAGAGUUUUUGCUGUAUCCAAGAAUCCAAAACAAAUAUGGCGUCUGACGACGAUGAAAUUCCAGGUUUGAUUUCAACUUUAUUUUUACUAAAUUGCAUUCCUUUCAGAGAUUUUGUGCGUAUUUAUUCUCUCUGUUAAUACGAGAAACUAUUUAUUAUGUUCAGCUCUGGUUUCUCAUUCAAUUCUUUUUGUUUUUGUUGUUAUAGAAACGGGGGCUAUUUUCACAUUUGGUAAAACUAGAUUUGCUGAAAAUUUAGCGAAUAAAUUUUGGAUUCGAGACGACAAGGUUUUACAGCUAGACUGCGGUGACGAACAUUCUGCUGUUAUUACAAGUGAGGGUCGUUAAAAUACUUCCUAAGACUAUUUAUACUGUAUUCUUGUAUGAUGUAUGAUUUGACAGUAUUAAUCAGUAAUCACUAAGGAUGAAAAUUAUGUUCUCGAGUGAAUGAUGAUUCCCGGCAAUGAAUGCCUGUGAGUUAAUUAGGCAAACCGUAAAUAAUUUGCUUUCAUAAUAAUUUAAUGUACAUGACUAUGCUGGUGUAGGACAUUCAUGACUCAUUUCAUUGUGGAAAUAUGUGACAGAUGAGUGAUGUCGGUGGCCAUGAUUACCACAUAGAAGUUUUAGAGUUAGGAUAUUCAACUCAUUAAGUUGCAUUGUGCCCUAGCUAAUGCAUCCUAGCUAAUGCAUGCAUCCUAUUUUCUUGUUUUAAACACUCUGUCUAACACCAGACAAUUUUACUCAUCAAAGGGAAGUCACUGGCACUCAAUGGGUUAAGCUAAGGAUUAGUUUGAGAAUUUUUCCUGGAAUCUAUGAAGAAUUGUAAUAAAGUUAAAAUUCCUUAUUUUAGGUAGUGGAAGAUUAUAUACAUUUGGUAGCAAUGACUGGGGUCAGUUGGGACAUGGUAAUACUAAACCUUACACCAAGCCAGGUGUUGUUAAAAGUAAGUCAAAUAUGCAUAAUAAAGUAUGAAACCUUCACAUGUUAGUGCUGUGCACUGGAUCCGGAGUUUUGGCCUAUUUUGCCGGAGGUGGAGUGACUGGAGUCAUGGGCUUCCCGCAAACGGAAGUCAACAUGCAUGCAUAAUACAUAUCUGCCAUUAACCUUGCUUAAAGGUGAUCUACAGUCCGUAUGUAAACAAAGCCUUUGUUUACAUUUUUGUGUCCAAAAUAUUGAGCUUUAUUCGACAACUAUUUAUAUUUUCAAGCUUCUAGAGUAUAAUAAAUGAUCAAGAAACAACAAUUAGGCUUUUCAAGAACUCAAAACAUAGUUAAUUUAAACUGUUUGUAUCAUAAAAAGUGGGCUCCUUUGUGCACAUGCGCAGAUCGGACUGUAGAGCACCUUUAAAUAUAUGUAACCUCAUUUAAUAUUUUUUCAACCAGAAUUAAAAGGAGACAGAGUAAAAGCUGUUGCCUGUGGAAGAAGUCACACCCUAGUUAUCUCAGGUAAUAUUUAAAUUGAUAAUUACCUAAUAACAAUUAGUUACGGUACCCCUUUCAAUGGCAAUGUGCCCUGAUGCACCCUACUUUAGUAUUUUACUCUGUCUAACGCCAGACAAUUAUACUCUGUCUAGUGCCAGACAAUUUUACUUGUCCAUUGGAGAGUGCUGCCACUCAGUGGGUUAAUAAAUAAUUAUUGAUCUUUUAAUUCUGUAGAAUCUGGAGUGUUCAGUUUUGGAGCUGGUGCUGAUAGUCAGUUGGGGCAUGGAGAUAACCAGGUAAAAAAAACAUGCUUAACAUGAAAUAAGCAGUCUUUGCAUUAAUGUCCUCAGGUGAAUAAGAUGUUUGUGUGAUGUUACUCUGAGUGUGUAUCCACACCGGGCAGGCUUGAAAAAUAUGCCUGGCCACGGCGGGAUUCGAACCUACGACCUUUGGAAUACUAGCCCAAUGCUCUCCCAACUGAGCUACGCGGUCAGGACGGUUCGAGUAUGCGAUAUUCCGGAACUGAGUCUAGUUCCUUCGAUAUCAGUGUAAUCUAAUAAUCAUGAAAGCCUGCUCGGUGUGGAUAUACACUCAGAGUAACAUCACACAAACAUCUUAUUCACCUGAGUACAUUACACCAACACAGCAGAUUUCAUGAUUAUUAGAUUACACUGAUAUCGAAGGAACUAGACUCAGUUCCGAAAUAUCGCAUACUCGAACCGUCCUGACCGCGUAGCUCAGUUGGGAGAGCAUUGGGCUAGUAUUCCAAAGGUCGUAGGUUCGAAUCCCGCCGUGGCCAGGCAUAUUUUUCAAGCCUGCCCGCCAGUGCCCGGUGUGGAUAUACACUCAGAGUAACAUCACACAAACAUCACAUCAAAAAUAUUUCUUAACAUGGAGACUUGGACCUCAGACUAUGAUAUGAACACUGAACUUAUGGAUAUAGCAAAAUGUCUAAGUAUAUUGGAGAGGUGUCCAUAGAGGUUUCGACUAUUCUUUCCUAUUGUCUUAACAUUUAGAGUUAUAAUGUUCCGACUGAAAUAGAAGCUUUAAAUGAUAAAACUAUCACACAAGUUUCAUGUGGUGCUGAACAUUCUGCUGCUCUUGCAGGUAGGGAUAUGAUUUUCAAGUAAUAUAUUUACCAAUAUUCCCAGAUACAUGUUAUGUGUGUUGUCAACCAAUUGACAUUACAGAGCUUCAAAUUAUACUACAACAAAUUCUGAACUGUAUGUUUUAUCUCUGUUUUAGAGAAUGGUGAGCUCUAUGUGUGGGGAUCUGGUAGUGAGGGUCAGUUAGGUCUUGGUAUUGCGGAAUGUGAAGUACCGUCUUUAUUGAAAUUUCGAUCCAAAGUUGCAUUUGUGGCUUGUGGCUACUAUCAUACUGCUGUCAUUACUGGUAAUUUUUUAAAUGCAAGCUUUGUACAAUUACAAAUAUCAUUGGUUUAUUUUGUUGAAGACAGCAUGCUUAUUUAUUUAUCAAGGGAACAGAUAUCUGUAAGCCAUAUCUCCAUAAGUACGUGGAGUGUAAGAGCAGUGUUUGUGAUUGCUUAUAUUCAGAGCAUGUUUUGCAGUAUUUGCAUUGAUGAAGAUCCCGGCAUAUAGAGUAAUAUCUUUGCUAGCUGAUAAACACAGUGGUUUUCACCCAAACAAACAAUUUAUUUAUUUAUUUAUUUAGCUUCGCCUUGACAAAAAACGUACACAAAACAAGUACAACAAUUCAUAUACAUGAGACAUAACAAGAGGCGGGGAUACCACAACAGUUUACACCAAUUACUGUGGGCCCUUUAGUUAAAGUUAGUGACAAAUUACAGACGAAAAAAAAUUGACUAAUUAGUCUAGUAGCAACAGGGAUCGACAUCGAUUAGAUUGCGCGAUGUGUUGCACUUCAGGCAAACAGUUUUCCAGGUUUGAGCAUCAUCCACAUCGUAACAAGAUACAAGGGCAUUAUGGUAGUACUCUAAUCGUGACUUUUUAAAUAACGUUAGAGAUAAAUGAUCUAGUCUUAAGUGUUCGGGUAAGGAGUUCCAGGUGGCUGUCUUACAUCUACGAGGACGGUACGAGAUAACACUGUUAUUUGAAGAUGAUUGAGUAGGCCUUGAGGGAAUAGAUCAUGUAAUAUGUUUAUCUUUUCUAGAACUUGGAAAACUUUAUACAUUUGGUGAUAAUGAAGCUGGCAAACUUGGUCUUGAGGACAAUCAAUGUGAGGACACUGAAGAACCACAGCAAGUGAAAACUUUAAAUGAACCUGCAGUGUUUGUAGCAUGUGGUGGUAACCAUACUGCUGUACUUACUAAACGUGGUAGCUUGUUCACCUUUGGUUCUGGCAUGCAUGGACAGUUGGGUCAUGGGCCCGCAUUUCAAGAUAUAGCACUCCCUAAACUUGUCUCUACAUUACAAGGAAAAUUUGCGUCCACUGUGUCAUGUGGUGAAAGCCAUACAGCAGUGUUAACUAAAAAUGGUGAAAUGUAUUCUUUUGGUGAUGGUCGUCAUGGCAAGCUGGGUAUGGGUGAUGAAAGCUUCUCAAAUUUAUUUCAACCUACAAAAGUGAAGAGGUUCAAGAAAUUUGAUGUUGAGCAAGUGUCAUGUGGUGGUUGUCAUAUGUUGGCUGUUGCCGCCAGGAGACAGAAUGAUAUCCAGGACAGUGAGGGAUCAGAACAGGAGGUUAGCAGGGUAGAGGAGGAUAGUGGUGGUGAAGAUGUACCUGAUGGACCAAGAGGUCCAAGAUUAUCCCAAACUGUACCUAUGUCUGGGAUGUCCGCUAGAGAUAAGAGACGGAAGAAAGACACUGAGGUAAUUAUUGUUUGUUUGUCUCAAUGUCUGUUUAUUUAUUGGGGUUUUCCCUCAGUUUAUCUAUGGGUUUCAGUAAGUGUUACUGCAUGGGCAUCGGAUCUGAUGGUCAGUGAUUGUCACAAUAUAUAUAAGACAAGUUUGCACACCAUGCGAAACACUGACAUCUCACCACUAUCUGCAGCUUCAUAGUGUUUAGUGAAACCCACCAAAUGAUUAACUAUUGGCCAGAAAGAUAUUUGUCAGUUCCUCCUAAUUCUCUAACCAAGGGUACUGCUCUGGCAAGCUCACUACCUCCGCUCAAUCGAUCAUUACCACCUCUGGCAAGCCUUGGUCUGGCUACGAUGAAGAAAGAAGAGAACAAACCAGUCAGUAAUGGAAGACUUAACCCACUUGAUAGAUCAACAUUGCCAAUCAUCUCAAUAAAAAGUAAAGUAUAUGAUGCCUUUUAACAUUUCUUUUUUCUGGUAAUAAAACCUGUUACCUCCUGCAGUAACACUGGACCAACAAGAGAUUAUAUUACUCUUGUAGUAUAAAUAAAGUUAGUUUAGCUUAAGUUUCCUCCUGUAGUACCAUCCCUUAAAAACAAUUUAGAUCUGAUAGAGCUAUCCAGUAUAAAAAAGUUAGUAUUGUUUAGGUUUCCAUCUCGCUAGUUAACUUUCGUCUUACUAGGUCCAAGUCCGGACGAUGAAGAGAACACUUCGGAAAGAUUGGCAAACUCACGGCGACUUCCACCACGUCCAAAACGAAGACAGAAGAAAAUUGAAACCUCGUCAGACAGUGAGGAGGGUGGGAGACAAAGAGAAAGCACGACUUCUAGACCUACACCUUUACCUCGGAAACAAAAAAUAAUGACAGAAAAUGAGAAUAAUGAAGGUGCGAAAUGUGGUGCGUUUUAGUCAACGUCUUUACCCUGAUAGGAACAAAACAAAAUAAUAAUUUAUAAUCAAUAAUUUAUUUAGUACCACUGAAGCAAAUGGACCUAUUCCCUAAUGAACAAAAUUUUGAUCUAGACAAGUCUAGACAAACAUUUCACCACAGCUUGAAAGAGCAUCCCAAAGUAGUAAUAUUCCAAAGUUUCGUUGCGAAAUGUUAUAAAAUGCGGAUAAUACAGCCCUGUGAAGUUUGCCGUUUUUCAGUCAUUUUGUAUUACGCACGGGAAAUUGAUACCUUUUUUCAGAAAGCGGUAUCAAUUUCCCGUGCGUAAUACAAAAUGACUGAAAAACGGCAAACUUCGCAGUGCUAUAUUAUCCGCAUUUUACAACAUUUCGCAACGAAAUGUCGGAAUAUUACUAAUUUUGUGAUGCUCUUUCAAGCUGUGAUGAAAUUUUUGUCUAGACUUGUCUAGAUCAAAAUUGUGUCCAUUACUCAUUAGGGAAUAGGUCCAUCGACUUCAUUUCUCACUCUGAUAACUGCAGGUUGACCACUGUACACUAUUUGGUGAAAACCACCAAAACAUUUUUCCUUUUGUAUUUUCAUAGAAAAUGUGAAGAAAUCCCGAAAGGAUCAAAAAGGCCGUGAGAGUGUGAAGAAGUCUGGGUCUGAGGCCAGUGAUGAAGAUAGCGAAAAUGAUGACGGUAUUAACUCGCACUUUUGAUAUCACCUGAAAUUAGGCCUGAUUUAAUGUUGAAACGUAGAGGAUUUCUUUGUUUCGUGACCCUUGGGAUUUUGGUGGAAAUGUUUAUUUGUGUUUCAAUCCAUAAAACUUGUGUUUGUUUCUAGACAAUGAUGAAGCAAGCAGCCAUAGCUCGUUGCGCAGAAUGAGUGAGGCGAAAGUGAGCAAGAUAUCUGAAGCAAGUCAUACGAAGGAUGAAGAUAUCACUGAAGACGAAAGUGAAGAUGAUGAUGAAGGCAGUGAAGAAGAGGAUGGGAGGGAUAAUAGAGAGAAGGAAAUUAGAAAGAGUGGAAAGGAAGAAAGGAAGAGACAGGAGGAUGGAAAGAAAGAAAGAGUGAAAGAAGACAAGAAGGAAAUGCAAGAAGAUGAAGAAAACGAUGAUGACACUGAAGGUGGAGAGGAAGAAAGUGAGGAAGAAAAUGAUGAUGAUGAUGUGAAAGACAAAGGUAAGAAAAUUAACCAUUGUAUUACCUUAUCAGGUGGUGGUUGUUGUGAUACUGUGGUAGCAUACUAAUGGUGAUUAUGUAGUGGUGAUGGUGGUGGGACGUUAACUGUGGUAAUGCCUUAGCAGGUGAUAAACCGAUAGACGUGGUAUUGCAUGUUUCUUCUGUUGUGCUGGUGUUGAUUGAGUUAAUGGUAGUAAUGAUGACGAUGAUGAUGUCGCUAUUAAAUUUGGUGAUGAAUCUGAUGAGUAUGUAAUGUUGAUAGUGGAGAUCGUGAUGUUCCAAUGAUUGAAUCUUGAGUAUUUGAUCGUGUUAUAGGAAAGAAAAGAAAGGUGGAAACGGAAGUUACUAAAGUGGAAGCAGGGGACAGUGGAAAAGAAGAUGAUGAAGAGAAUGAUAAGAAAAAUGAUAAAGAUUCUAAAAAGGUAACUUAGAUGAAAUCAUGGUUUGGUUAACUUAUCCAGAUUCCUCAUCAAGACUAAUCCUGGAACGAGUAAGCCCCCUAGAUGAGUGUGUGCUCUCUUGGAGCAAAUUCAUUUUGAUUAAAAUAUUGUAUAACCUCGGAAUUUGAUCAGAAAAUCCAAUCCUAUCAUUUAUCCAAUAAUAUUUGACGAGUUUUUAAAGUGUACGUAUCCUAUUUUGCGAUUAAACUCAAUUGAAGUUUGUUUUAUUUUAGGGUAAGAAGGAUAAGAAAGAUAAAAAGAAAGGUAAGACGAAGGAAGAUGAACAAACAGAGGACAAACAGAAAGAUAAGGUUAAAGAAAAGAAAAAGAAAAAGAAAGAUAAGAAUGAAGAUAAGAAUGAAGAUAAUGAAGAUAAAGAAGAUAAGAAUGAAGAUAAGAAUGAAGAUGAGAAUGAACAGAAGAGGACGGACAGGAAGAAAAAGAGAAUGAUGACAAAGAUGAUGUGAAAGAAAAAGAUGAAAGCAGGAAUAAAGAUGAUAAAGGAAAAAAGAAGUCUGGAAUUUGUGCGAUAUUGUGAACCAUAGAUACAUCCUGUGAGUGGAUGAAAUCACGAAAGAUAUGCGCAGAAAGUUAUGUUUGCCUGCUGGGUUACUAAACUGAGCCUCUAGAAAGAAGGAAAUAAAUCUCAAUUGUAUACAAGCCUAACUUGAUCCACAAGCUUUACCCAAAUCCCAAAAUAAGUCUAAUUCUCUAUGCUCUCGUAUUUAAACCAAACAUUGAAGUGCACAUACAGUGAUCAGGAAUUUUACACACUUGUGAUAAGAAAAAUUCACCUUCGUGGUCUUUUUGGCUGUUAAAACUACCGGAAGUGAUGUAAAAUAAGGCAAUGGACCUUUCACCUUUUGACUAAAAUUUAGAUCUCAACAAGUCUAGACAAAAAUUUUAUCACAGCUUGAAAGAGCAUCACAAAAUUAGUAAUAUUCCAAAGUUUCAUUGCGAAAUGUUCUAAAAUGCGGAUAAUAUAGCCUUGCGAAGUUUGCCGUUUUUCAGUCAUUUUGUAUUACGCGCGGGAAAUACAUACCUCCUUCGGAAAAAGGGUAUGUAUUUCCCGUUUGUAACACAAAAUGACUGAAAAUUGCAAACUUCGCAAGGCUAUGUUAUCCGCAUUUUACAACAUUUCGCAACGAAACUUCGGAAUAUUACUAAUUUUGUGAUGCUCUUUCAAGCUGUCAUAAAAUUUUUGUCUAGACUUGUUGAAAUCUAAAUUUUAGUCAAAAGGUGAAAGGUCCAUUGAAACCAGUUUUCAUUUCGUCUUAGAAUGUACAGAAUAUCAUAGUAUGCAAACUAUAGACGAUACUUACGUAUUAAGAAUUCUUUUUAUUAAAAAGUGAUUUUAAAGAUACAUUUAAUUUAUCCCGCGUGUAUAUACAUAUUUAUAUAUUAUUAAACAUAAAUGAACAGUUAUUUAAAUAUUUGUAUAUCGUCCUCUUUUGACCCACAACACAAAUAUGUAUCCCAUAAAUAUUUUCAAAACUAUAAUAUUUUUAAAUUUCAAGGCAGGUUUUUGGUUUGAAAACCACUAAGCUUGGUAAACAAUUGUAGCAGCGCAGGACAAUGUCGUAUCACGUGUUCAAUAGAACCACAAUUGUGACAAAAUCGCUUUGUUUGUCGUGGUUUCCGACAUUCGUUAAUCUUAUGUCCUUUUUCAUCACAGUUAUAACAUUUCUUACUGUAUCGUCGUGCUCCUUUGUUCCUCCGCUCCCCCCGUGAUGAGCCUUGUACUGUCCCACCCCCUGGUGCACUGACGUCACCUGCUACGUCACCUCGAGAACUUUGCACAAUUAUAAACUCGACUGGCUCGCCUUCGGAUAAACUUCGAAAACUUUCAGAUUUGAUUGCACUCU